GCUUUCAUGGACGGCCGACUUUACCUGAUGCAGGCGAUCGCCGACCACUACACGAGGGUGGACGGCCGUACUUUACUGUACAUUGGACGAGAGAGUGUUUUUUCAAGCAGGGGAGCGUGGCCCAUACCCCAUGAUGCUCCUUACAAACCUCAGCUGGAUAGAAUAAUGAUGUUUAUUAUCGAGGCGGGAUUAUACGAGAAGUGGGGCCGUAACAAGGAUGUACUGGAGAAGGCGAAGCAGGAGAGUCGCAGGAGACUGAUGGAGUUGCAGGAGACAGCGUCCCUGAGCGCGAAGAACACUGACAGUAACCAGGCCCUCACCCUCCGCCACAUGCAAGGACCCUUCCUGCUCCUCGUCCUGGGCCUCGCCUCCUCUCUCAUCGUCCUGGUCUCCAUUAAGUAA